GUCCUCCCCUGGGCGGAGGCCAGUGUGUCUUCCCAGCCUGCCCCAGAGGAGCAUUGCUGGGUGUCCAGGGCAGGGCUGCCUACCCAUCCCUGGCCCCUGGACCCCUGGCAUCUGGGGCAGAAGCAACAUCAAAGCAGGGAUUGGCCAGCUCCCACCCCAAAUGCCAAGCAGGCCAGGCUCAGGGAGCACUUGGGGGCGUGACGAAUCCCAGCCAGUCUCCAGUUCGCGUCCCCGGGCCAGUCUGCCUUGGGCCUUGCCCCACCAUGACGCGCCCAUCAUUCAGCCUGGCUCAUCUGCUCACCCUUUCGGGACUGCUGUGCUACUCAUCUUGCAGCCUGGCCCUUCCUGGCCUGGAUCAGAAGAAACGUGGCAGCCACAAAGCAUGCUGCCUGCUGACACCCCCUCCGCCCCCACUGUUCCCACCACCCUUCUUCAGAGGGGGCCGAAGUCCGCUUCUCUCCCCAGACAUGAAGAAUCUCCUCCUGGAACUCGAGACCACACAGUCCCCAUGCAUGCAGGGCUCUCUCGGCUCCCCUGGACCCCCCGGCCCCCAGGGUCCACCCGGACUUCCUGGCAAGACAGGACCAAAGGGAGAAAAGGGGGAGCUUGGCCGACCAGGAAGGAAGGGUAGACCUGGCCCCCCAGGUGUUCCUGGCAUGCCUGGGCCUGUCGGCUGGCCUGGCCCUGAAGGACCCAGGGGUGAAAAAGGUGACCUGGGCAUGAUGGGCUUGCCAGGGUCAAGAGGACCAAUGGGCUCCAAGGGCUACCCAGGAUCCAGAGGGGAAAAGGGAUCCAGAGGUGAAAGGGGUGACUUGGGUCCCAAAGGAGAAAAGGGUUUCCCAGGAUUUCCUGGAAUGUUGGGGCAAAAAGGUGAAAUGGGUCCAAAGGGUGAACCUGGGAUAGCAGGACACCGAGGACCCACAGGAAGACCAGGGAAACGUGGCAAGCAGGGACAGAAGGGAGAUAGUGGAGUUAUGGGCCCACCUGGCAAGCCUGGGCCUUCUGGUCAACCUGGCCGUCCAGGCCCCCCGGGGCCCCCAGGCCCCCCAUCUGCAGGACAACUUGUAAUGGGACCCAAAGGGGAGCGAGGAUAUCCUGGGCCCCCAGGAAGAUGUCUUUGUGGACCCUCUGUGAAUGUGAAUAACCCUUCCUACGGGGAAUCCAUGUAUGGGCCCAGCUCCCUGCGAGUUCCUGUGAUUUUUGUGGUCAACAACCAGGAGGAACUCGAGAGGCUGAACACUCAGAAUGCCAUUGCCUUCCGCAGAGACCAGAGAUCUCUGUACUUCAAGGACAGCCUUGGCUGGCUUCCCAUCCAGCUGACCCCUUUCUACCCUGUGGAUUCCACUAUAGACCAGCGUGGCACCUGUGGGGAUGGGGUUCUGCAGCCUGGGGAGGAGUGUGACGACGGGAACCAGGACGUGGGUGACGACUGCAUCAGUUGUCACCGGGCCUACUGUGGAGAUGGUCACCGGCAUGAGGGCGUGGAGGACUGUGACGGCUCCGACUUUGGCUACCUGACAUGCGAGACCUAUCUCCCUGGGUCAUAUGGAGACCUGCGGUGCACCCAGUACUGUUACAUCGACUCCACACCCUGCCGCUACUUCACAUGAGGGGCGUGAGGAACAGGUGGGCUGCAGCCCACAGAACUGGCAGCAGCUUCCUCAACCCCUGUCAAGUUGGCCUUGCGCUCUCCUGGGCCAGUGUCCACCAACUUUUGUGUGACAAAAACAAGGAUGAAUUCUCGCUGCUAAGACGUGUUUUUGACUCUGUCUGACUGGAAGAAUUUAGGACCACUGCAUCCUGUCUUAAUCCAAAGUACCAGAAAACUUUCUACAUGCCCACCCUGGGAACUGUUCCCUGCCUCUACCAUCUGGCCUAAGAGCCAGCUAAAAUGCCCUUUCUCUUCUGGAUUGUCAUUGGCACAGGCCGUGGACUUGGCUUAGCAUUGUUAGACUCAUGUAAACCUGCGGGGCUGUUUUAGUUUGUUGGGAGCUGAUUUGGGAAGUCUAGUGUAUAGGCUUCUUGGUCUCUUGGACCUCCAGACACACAGGUGUUCUUAGCUGGGCAGCCAGUUGUCAGGUCUCUCAAAGGCCUGAGAACCACACAGCAGUGAAGUGGACAUGUUCUCUCAAUGUGGCUCACAGCUUUGGACCCCGCCAGGGACUCUUCAUCUGGUCAGAGGACAACCCAGCUUCAUGUGGAAAUGGCUCCCCCAGGAAGAGACCCAACUGUGAAAAAGUACUGAGAAGGCCACAAAACCCAUGCUCACCUUUGCACUGCCCACUGCCCUGAGCAGAGGGUGGAGGCUCAGCUGAGUCACUUGCCUGCAAACAACAGCAGAGCAGUGGCCUCUCUCUUCUUGAUGUUUCCCACAGCGGGAUUCUUAAGAGUUUCAAAAUCCCUGCUGCCAUCUUGAUCUUGUGGCUUUCUGUACUUUGACCUCUGUCUUGCAAGGAGUGCCCCUCAUUUCCAUUUCCUGUUCAGGAGACUCACUCCAUAACUCCACACACCUGGGAAGAUGUUGGUGUUUCCGUGUCCUUAGGCAUAUACAGUCCUGGCCUUCCCCAUCUAGGGUCCCAUUGCAAGGACACUCUCAGCAGGCUGUUUCUAUCCUGAGGUGCAUCUCCUCACUUCCUGCUGACUCUUGGGGUUCCCUUUGACUCCCCUUUUGUAACUGCAUUGUGCACAUCCUUGUCCUCCUGUCUGUGUGCCUGCACUCUUCACUUUUCUAUAGAAUCCUUAGUCCUGCCUGUCUGUGAGCCACUUCUCAUGGCUGUAUUUCCUGAAGAGGGCUUGGGUUUAUCAGGGAAAGACAUCACCAGGAUUUCCCCUCUUAUUUCCAGAAGGAGGGACACACCCCACACCCUGAGCUUUUGUACAAAGCUUUUCAAUGAACCUGAGUCUUAAGGACUCAGCAAGCAGAAACUGUGGCCCAGCAGGUCAUCUGGGUGGUCUGUGGUGACAUUAUCCCAAAGAUGGUGUCCUCCAAGGCAGGAGCAUUGAUCAGCUAGUUCCCUGGGUCUCUGGGACAAGUCUUAGGGGUGGGGAGGAGGGGGAAUGUUGCUUGCAUGGACAUCCUGGGACUUCCAGAUGAGAGAUCAAGAAAUAAAGGCAUGACGGGUGUGGUGGCACAUGUCGGUAAUCCCAGCAAGUCAGGAGGCUGAGACAGGAGGAUCACAAGUUCGAGACCAGAAUCAGCAACUUAGCAAGGCCCUAAGCAACUUAGACCCUGUCUCAAAUUAAAAAUUAAAAGGGCUGGGGAUAUGGCUCAGUGGUUGAACCCCUGGGUUCAAUCCCCGGUGCCCAAAACAGCAACAAUAAUAAUUUAAAAAAUAAAAAUAAUAAGAAAGAGAGAAAGAAAGAAAAAGCAAAGAAAGCAAGCAAGCGGAUUCCUCACCAUGGCUCACUCUUCCUUGGGAGGAUGAGGCCAGCAUUUCAAUAUUGCUGGCUAGAAUGAAGAGCCCGAACUCAGUUGUGCUUCCUGGAUUCUACGGAAGGUUCUGGAAUAUGAAAGCAUUCCAGCUUCCUCAUGCUCAACAGGAGGAGGUAGUAGGACCUGCCAAAGGUCACAGAGUCCAGUCUUGCUAGCCCAGGCUUCUCUCUAAUCUUGCUUUAGGACCUUGUUUGACAUGGGUGGAGAUCUAGAACUACCCCGAGAUCUGGCCAAGAGGGACCCUGCCCUGGGUCCCACACCUUGGAGGGCAGCAUUCCUACCUUCUCUGACCUGACCCUCCCCAGGGGGUGGGGAGUCCAUGGGGCCAAGGUGACAUGCCCGCUAGAGCUUGCACACUCUCCAGGUUCCCAGGAAAACACAAUUCCCUGCCCAAGAUGUCCUGAGCCUGCACCCGCCUCCUCCCUGUGUCUGUCCUCCUGAGUGUGGCCAGUGCACACCUCUAAGUCUGAGGAGUGGCCAAAGAAAAGCCAUUCAUAAGGAUUAGAUGGAGGUUGGGGUUUCCAUGGGUGCACAUGAAGUCCCUCUCAAUGUGGAUGGGUGAGGGAGGUCAGGCUGGGGCCUGGCCCCUGCUUUCCUAGUGCUUUCAUGGUGUCAGGGACUCUGUAGAAUCUAAAUAGGCCAUAUACAUGGUCUUUAUGAAAGUAUAUUUGUUGAGGUAAACAGAACAAAUUUAAAUAAUUGUUUGAUUAUGAUGUGAAUAUUUAGGUAUUUGGAAUACAGGUGUUCAUUUCGCUCUUCUCUGGAACCCAAAAUAUUAGGGGUGGGCCUAUCUCCAGUUAUUUCAAGGGAGGGUUUUUGAAAGUCUCAGGACAAAAAAAGUAUUCAAAAUUACAUGUUUAGCUGAGUGCGGUGGCGCACGCCUGUAAUCCCAGCGGCUCAGGAGGCUGAGACAGGAGGAUUGUGAGUUCAAAGCCAGCCCCAGAAACUUAGAGAGUCCCUAAGCAACUAGCAAGACCCUGUCUCUAAAUAAAAUAUAAAAAAGGGGCUGGGGAUGUGGCUCAGUGGUUAAGUACCCCUUGGUUCAAUCCCUGGUACCCGCCCCCCCAAAUUACAUGUUUAAAAAUGUAUAUAAAAAUAGUAAUUCAGUGCCUUUGGCAUUCUGAAAUGGAAAAAUGAGAGAGAUCACAGGAGACAGGUGGCCCCCACCAGCCCGUCCUUGAAAUGCUAACUCGGUGAUGGAGGAAAUAGGUUCCCCUUGAACAGAAAUAAGUGCAUCACAAAGGGGCACUUGUAAAUAGGCUAGGCAUUCAAGAGCUCACCUGUGCCAGUUAAAUGUUUCCCAAGAUAACUUUGGGUACAUUACUUCUCAUAGCUUAAAUUUCCACACCUGAAAGAGACUUUAGAAAAGUUCUUCCAACUCUUAAUGGCUAGUGAAUUUGGACUCCGCCCUCUAGCUCUGACAGGGUAAUCCCUAGGAGUGGUGAUGGACCCCCUGUUAUGGUUUAGAUGUAGUGUUCCUCAAAAGCUCAUGUGUGAGACAAUGCAAGAAGAUUUGGAGGAGAAAUGAUUGGGUCAUAGCCUUAACCUAAUCACUAAAUUGAUCCUGAUGGAAUUAACUGAGUGGGAACUGGAGGCGGGUGGGGUGUGGCAGGAGGAAGUGGUUCACUGGGGGCCUGGCUUUGGGGUAUGUACUUGUAUCUGGCCAAUGGAAUCUCUCUCUCUCUCAGUUUUGUCUGAUCACCAUGUGAGCUGCUUCCCCAUACCACACUCUUCUGCCAUGAUGUCCUUCCUCACCUUGAGCCCCAAAGAAUGGAGCCGGCUGUCCAUAGACUGAGACCUCUGAAACUGUGAGCCCUCUAAUAAACUCUUCCUCCUUUACAAUCAUUCUGGUCAGGUCCUUUAGUCCCAGUGGCAAAAAAAGCUGACUAAAACACCCCCUCAGGCUGAGCCUGUUACAUAAAAUGGCUGAAAAUGUAGGACGGUCUCCAGAGAAGUGGUCAGGAACCAAAUGAGGCCAUGCCAGGGUAGUAUUGAUGGGCUCAUACAACUUAAAAGCCCAGUGAGAGGUGGAGAUCAAGCAUGGUUCAAUGAAGGCUCCCAUUUCACGGCCCUGCUGUCUUCAAUGCUUUUUGGAUCUCUUCUAUUCAUCUGAUCCUUAGUGUGUGGUCAUGGGCUGACUAUGGCAAUUUCAAGAGUACGUCUGAACCCUACGAUAACCGCAGAAAACCUCUAUUCCAUUGGUUCUCAAGAAAUUCUUUUCCAGAAGUUCCCAGUAAAUCUUGCCUUGUGCUUCCUUGGCCUGUUUUGGUUCUCAUGCUCAUUUUCUGAAUUGGCAGGAAAACGUACCUGCUGAUGGAAUUACAGCUAGGUUCUGGAACCCAUGGCACCCAAGGUUAUAAUUUCUCUUAGCCUAUCCACUGGAUAUUCUGAAGAAGCAGAAGCUGCAAGGGGAAGGAAUGAUUACUGGACUGAAUAUUGGGGACAAAAAGAAGGGAAGGGAUGCUGAAUUAACAUAAUGUCCAUUACGGCUGCGACCUGCAUGGCUGAACCCCCAGAAACCCACGAGGGGCAAUGGGAGAUUAAGAAAAACAGUGACCCAGAGCUGGAUCCACACAUUUAUUAUACAGGUUUUAUCAUCAAAAGGUUAUCUGUGAGAGAGUUUCUGCAAAGCAGGCAGGCUGGAGGUCACAGCGCUGAUGAGACAUUGUGAUUAUCUGGCUAUGCUCAGAAUCCUGUAACCCUGGGAGCCAGUGUCUGAGUUCAGAGUGACCACUGGUUGGCAUUGCCAUAGCAACUGGGCAAUAUUAACCUGUACUUUUGCACAGGGAGAGCCCAGCCCAAGCGCACCACAACCAUGAGGCGUUCAGACAUCUUGUUCCACAUCCCUACAUUAGAAUGGUCGUCUCUGUUUUGCUUCUCCUUUUGGCAGGAUUAAAUGCUGAGGCCCUUGGGACACAUAUUUGGGAAGACUUCUCACACCCAGUAAGCUCAUGAUUAAUUCUGACAGCUCCACUCAGAGAGGCUGACUCUCAGAGGGUGCCAUAGGUCAAGAAAGGUGUGGUAUCGCUUAUGAAAAAAGAAGAAGAUUCAAAUACCACUUUUAUGUUUGAAGCAUGGUUCUGUUACUGACCCAUAAUUUAAUUGUCUUGCAGAGUUAACUUCUCUGGGUCUCUGUAUUCUUAUCUAUAAACUAGGAGUCAUAGUAUCAUAUUCCAAGGUUAUAAUAAAUUGCUGACACCUAGAAACUGUUUCGGAAGUGUUAGAUUUUAUCUGUGUCACUAUUAUAUUUUAGUGGCUAUGAAUACCCGGGGAUAUUUUUCAUUCCCUUUUGAAGCUACUUACAUGAGCUCACUUUUUAAAUUUUAUUUUUUUUGGUACUGGGGUUUUAACCCAAGGCUGCUUAACCACUGAGCCACAUCCUCAGCCCUUUUUAUAUUUUAUCUAGAGACAGGGUCUUGCUAAAUUGCUUAGGGCCUUGCUAAGUUGCUGAGGCUGGGUUUGAACUCAUGAUCCCCCUGCCUCAGCCUCCCGAGCUGCUGGGAUUACAGACAUGCUUCUCCAAUGAGGACAUAGCUUGCCUUAUCACUCUCCCUCCUAUCACCCCAGUUCUUCUAGAUUGGGCUUUUGGUGUUCCAGCCCAUAACAAUACCAUACUCCACCAUAUGGCCCACCUGCAUGCUACUCUCCAUCCUUGAUCACCUCAGAUGGGACACUGAAGGCAGAAAUCACAGUCUUGGGUCAUCACUUGGGGUUCACCAGUGGGGACCAAGUGGCCCUCAGCCUUAUGGGUCAUCAGAAUCAUGUGGAGGGCCUGUCACAUCACUGUCCACCCCCCCCCCCAUCACCGUUUUGCUUCAGUAGAUCCAGGGUGGGACCUGACAAUUUGCAUUUUUAACAAGAUCCCAGAAAAUCCUGAUAUUGCUUGAUCCAGGAUUAUAAUUUAAGAGCCACUGCUGAGGGGGAGAUAGCUCAUCUGAGAGCAAUGACAGAUGAGAUGGAAGGAACAAGGGACAAACCCUGGAGCUUUGGGUGGGUGGCUUUUGAUGCUUCUCCUUUAGAGCAGUGGAGACUAUUGCCCCUUCCCUGGAAUCUAUUGGUCUGCUAUGACCGAUAGGAUGUGACACUGUGUGACUUCCCAGGUGUCUUGGAUUUUUUGCUGCUGCAACUAAAAGAAAGAAAAAAAUUUGAGGGAAAGUUUAUUUGGGGGCUUGUGGUUUCAGAGGUCUCAGUCCAUAGACAGCAGGCUCCAUACCCAAGGGCUCCAGGUGAGGCAGAACUUCAUAGCCGAAGAGUGUGGCAGAGGGAAGCAGUUCACAUCGUGAUCAGGAAGCAGAGAGAGACUCCACUCUCCAGAGACAAAUAGAGACCCCUAUCUGCCUUCAGUUACCACUCAAUCCCAUCAGAUGAUUAAUUCACUAAUUGGGUUAAGGCUGUCAUAACCCAAUUAUUUCUCUAAACCUUAUAUUAUCUCACACAUGAGCUUUUGGGGGACACCUCACAUCCAAACCAUAACACCAGGCUAGGUCAUAACAGGCCAAGCAGCUUCUCAGAACACCUGUUUCGGAGGAAGCCGAUGUAUGGAAGAAGGCCAGUUACCAUGAGAUGGCCAAGCUGUAGAGGUUAUGUAGGGUGUGGCUGAUGGUCCCAGAGGAGUUUAUUUCUAGCCAUCCCCAACCAGGUGCCAGACACAUGAAUGAAAUCAGCUUGGAGCCCUGAGUUCAACCCAUCUGCCUGCUGAGUACCAAAGUAACCUCCGUUGAAGCCAUAAGGAACUGAAUUGCCUAGCCAACCUGGGUCCCAGUUCUAACCAACUGAUUCCAUGUAAUAGAAUACUAAUUGUUUUAACCCACCAAGUCUUGGGGUACUUUGUUACUUAGUCAUAGAUAACUAGAAUAGUGUUUGGGGCAAGAGAGGAUAGGAGGGAAGCAAACUAUGAACAGCAAAUAGAGGGAAGGGCCUAGAGAAACCAUUGGCUUGCAUUUGGCGCCAUCUGCAGGAACCAUGAGUAGAAAUCUACCACCCACUGGGACUUUCCAUCAGUGCCAGAGCUGGGAGGUCCUUUGGAGAUCCAACCUCCAAGAAUUCUCCCUGAGCAAUGGGAAAGAGAUAUGGGAUAUGUAGACACCACAGAUUGGUUGCUUUAAUAGCCUAAUUCUUCUCACUUCCACAUUUUAAGAAGGAAAAGUUUAUUUGGGGGCUUUCAAAUGCACGUUCAAUCUCCCUACCGAAAGUGAGCAGCUGUGACAGAAAUGUCAGUUUCUGCAGAGAAAAAGUUUAGCUUUGCCAACUGAUGCAUUCAGAUUAGAUUACCCUGGGAUCCUCUUGAAAAGCAGAUUUUCAUUCUGGAUCUAGGAUGGGUCCUGAGGUUCUGCAUUUCUAAGUUCCAGGUGACACACUGCUAGUCCCACCACACGGUGAGUAGCAAGGGUUUAAAGUGAGACAGUGCUACAUUGUUGUUGAUUUUAAAAAUCAUUUAAAAUAAAUAAGCAGCAAAUCUUUUUCUAACCUUCCCAAGUUUCUGCUGUCAUGUCCUCAUCUUAGUGAGAUUGGAGCAAUCUCAUUCCUGCCCAAACCAGAAUAUUUUGGGGGCAGCUGGUUCUGCCUCCUGGAAAAGAGUAUGGCUUCCUUUUUGUCUUAUUGUAAAGGCUGCCGUCUGCACCAGUGUCUAUGCUUUGACUUCUUGCUGCCCUUGAAGGAGACUCUCGCACCUCUGCAGCAAGCUCUGUCUCAACAUUUGGAUAGGCAUAAAUUUGAAUUUCAUUUCUCAGUCUCUGCUACCUGAUGAGAAAAGUUUUAUCCAAUGCAAGUAAGUGGUCCAUUUUCCCUACCAUACCCCAUUCACCCAGGAAUCUCAAUGGCUCUGUUUAUUCCCUCAUUUGAUGCCAAAACCAUUAAAAUGAAAUUUACCCCUAAACAAACAAACAAAAAUGCACAUACAACUUCUUCCAACAACCAGGGGAAAAGGGUGUUUCCCAUCCCUUGGCCCCAUGGCUUGUUUUAGUCAAUUACAUGUCAGCGAUUGCAGUCAAGACCAAAACAUAGCUAAGCCCAGUCUAAAUUGCAAUCCACCAACUUGUGAGCAAAAUAAAUGCUUAUUUUUAAGCCA